UGGAUGGUUGAAAUCCAAUUCAGAAUAACUGCAAGGUUGAUGCCUCCUGAGUGAAACAGUGAAGAAGACUAAUGAAUGCUUCAAGCUGCGCUAUUAGACAUUGCACAAGGUUUUUCUGUCUUGCUGUGAUAAUUCCAUGCAUUGUAAUAUUUGAAUCUGCCUGACUAUUCUACCAUUUAUUCCAUACUUCCAGGUCCCUGUGAUGCUUACUACAAGCCAAUUUUUGUCAGAGGCCAGUUCAAUGGUGUGUGAUCCUCUGAAGCGAGCAGGUGAAGCAACAGAUUUCUGAAGACAAUAUCAAAAGAAGAAAGAAAAAAGAGAGACAUUGCAUUGGGAGUAAGACGCGCAACCGAAGCAAAGGACAGGAUUAAAGCUCUUUUGGCAUCUCAGAAUGCAGUCCUCCCUCAACCUAACUCAGUCACUUGUUGGUUUCUUGUUGGUUUCUGUGAGUCUAAAUGUGUGUAGAAAUGGAUUACCUACUGUAUUAUUCUGUAAACAUCUCAGAACACACCGUUAACCUUAAACCUACAGUCAUCUUCUGGAAACUGUUAAAGCCAAUGGAUGUUUAGCUAUGGAGUGAUCUUUCUCUACCAGGAAUUACAUCUCUUUGGAGUGAUCUCUCUCUACCAGAAUCUAAAUCUCUAUGUAGAGAUCUCUCUCUACCAGGAUCUACAUCUCUAUGUAGUGAUCCCUCUCUACCAGGAUCUACAUCUCUAUGAAGAGAUCUCUCUCUACCAUGAUCUAAAUCUCUAUGUAGUGAUCCCUCUCUACCAGGAUCUACAUCUCUAUGUAGUGAUCUCUCUCUAUCCGGGUCUAGAUCUCUUUCCAGUACCACCCAGGACGCUGUUUUGGCUCUUCAAUCCAUUUGCAGAGAGUACAACCUCUGGGACUGCAUGUUCUCCUCGUAGACCCACAAGCCUUCUGGAUCCUCUUUCAAUUAGGGUGCAUACUUCAAUGGAUUGGUUCCGUCUAGAACCCUAUGAGGCAUCACUGAAGACACAUGGCUGAUGCCUUUCGUUUCACUUGUAGCGAAAAGGAAUAAGUCAAGUUCAACUGAACAGGACCUUAGGGCAUCUCUGACACCAUGCCUUACAGUGACGAGGAGUACCCCAGCCAGAGUCUGGCCCAGUCAGUGGUUCUGUUCUGCUGUAAGGGGAUGAUUGAGGGCAUCAUGGUUAUACUGUUCCUGUGGCUGCUUCUGCAGGUUCUGUUCACCAAGCAGCUGGAAGGUAUGGUCCGGAUGAAAGUUCACUUGCAGGUUCUGCUCUUGGUUGGUCUGGUGACGUUCUGUCUCUCUCUGAUUCUGGGCUGCUUGGUAUGCUGGAGGAGAACCAAGAUCUGCCCUCUCAAUGACCCAGCGACACCCCCGGCACCACCCCUCACCGGUCCCGGUGCUGCACCAGGGGUCCAGACCCAAAGCCCGACUCGGCCCAAUCCUCCCCAAGCCGAGAGCACCUUGGCCAGGCAGCAGUAUGAUGAGCUAGAUGGGUCAGUCCGUGAUUUCCCCUCCACCUUCAGCACACCCACUCCGUCCGACUCCGACGACGAUGCCUACCCCACCCUGCCUCUGUCCGCCUGUCACUUCUUCCGCAGGGCGUCGUCCUCUGUUCACAGGGAGCAGCACCCCAAGUCUUACUUCCCCCUCCGUCGCCUCUCCACCCCCUCCACCUCCUCGCCACUUUACAGGCAGAUGACGCCACACCGUGGCAGGGCGCGCGCCUCCUUCCCCUCCCUCCCCCGCCUGGGGCUCCUGUCCAAAACUUGCCAGGUGCUGGAGCGCCGCCGCACAAUAACGGGGGACCACCUCCACCACACCAUUCCGCUCCACAACCUCCAGUAUGGCUCCACCUGCAGAGCAUCAGCCUGGCCGACCCCCACCCUCCACUUCUCCAUGGCGUUCUCCCCGGAGAGGGGCUCCUUGACUGUUACGGUCCUAAGCCUCAGCGGAGCCUCCCGUGACCUGGGGGACGUGUCAGUGAUGGGCAGCCUGGCCCCUCUGGGCCCCUGCCCCCUCCAGGCCUCCAGGCCCCGUGGCCCCAGCUCCAAUCCUGUGACUAGUCCGGACCCCCAUACCCUGGGUUUGACCCUUGAGGCUGGGUCUCUGGAAGAGCUCCAGAGAUCUGUGCUCAGACUGUCUGUGCACACACAGGAUCUGCCCAGCGUGAGGGGCUCUCCUCUGGGCAGUCUAGAGGUGCAGCUGUGGGGGGAAGACUGGAAGGCAGAGCAUCCCAUCCACUGCAAUAUGGAGCUCAUUCCCUUCAAUAGAAACAUGAAAAAGAGCCAGACAGACCAGGAUGCUCGGACCAGUAGAGAACUGAGCUGUGGCCCACAGGUCCUGGGUCAGCUGUUAAUCCUGCUCCAGUACCAGACCCUGGCACACCGCCUCAAAGCUACGGUCCUCAGGGCAGAUAACUUGGCCACCCUCACACAGACUCAGGGAGCUCCAGAGUAUCAUGUGGUUGUCAACCUGCUCCAUGAAGGGGUGGUCAUUGAUUCCAAGGAGAGAAAGCGUGUGGGCGGUGCCAGCAAAAAAUGGAAUGCCCCAUUUAUUUUUGACCUGCCUCCUGGUGAUGUCGCUACAAUGUCACUCAUUUUGGAGUUCAUUGUGAUGCAGGAACAGGACUGCUCCAAUAGCAUGGUGCUGGGGAAAGUUCUGAUUGGCUCAGAGACUCCAGAGGCAGGACGUUUUCAUUGGAAGGAUGUGUGCCAGGGUCAGGUGGAGAGGGCACGUUGGCACAACAUCCUAUCAGAACCACUGUAGCAGAUCGACAGCCAAACAUGUUAUAAAAGGCAAUCAGGCCAUCCUGUAGGAUGACAGAUUCAAGUGAUCGGACUGUUGAAUGCAGACACUCUGUGAAAACAGAAUCACUGUAGGAAUUCCAGCCUGAUGUCCAAUGUAAGACAAUAGCAACCAAAAUACUUUACAACACUGGGAUAGCAGGAAACCGGACCAGAGUGGGAAUCCAGCCAAGCAGUGCAGUGUACUUUACAACACUGGGAAAUCAGGAAACCAGACCUCUGUUGGGAUCCAGUCAAUCACUUCACAGCUGCAGUUCACUUCUUAAACCGUAUAAAGGCCCAUGGAAAAUUACAAAGAUCUAAAGGUCAGGAAGUGAACUGCAAAGAGUUGAAAAUUAAACCUACAACUUUGGACAAUACAGUUUAGACAUAAACCAGUUGGCAGCCAUUAAAGCCUUGGUUGGAAUAACUUUUUGGAUCAGUCUGGUUUUAGGAUGCUGACAUACAUUGUAUUAUAUAGUAAUGUACCAACUUGGCUCUCAAAGGGAGCAAAAGCACGACUAUUGUAGAAUUUCCAUAACAGACCUGAACAUCUGACCUGAAUAUCUGAAAUAAAAGUAAUACAUGUGGACAGCUCUAAAUGUAAUUAAAAUGCAGCCUAUCUCCAUGGGGAAUGUGGGGUGGAUGAUGUGGGUAGUUCUUAACAUCUAAUGACCACUUUCCUCAGCCAUUUCAUCACAACUAACUGUGCAUCGAGCAUGUCAAAAUCACUGACACUCUACAUGUACUGUGGGGAGAACAAGUAUUUGAUACACUGCUGAUUUUGCAGGUUUUGUA